AUGGUCUACAAGGUUGCCGACAUCUCCCUCGCCGCUUGGGGCCGCAAGGAGAUCGUUCUCGCCGAGAACGAGAUGCCCGGACUCAUGUACCUCCGCGAGAAGUAUGGUCCCUCGCAGCCGCUCAAGGGCGCUCGCAUCGCCGGAUGCCUCCACAUGACCAUCCAGACCGCCGUCCUUAUCGAGACCCUCACCGCUCUUGGUGCCCAGGUCGCCUGGUCGUCGUGCAACAUCUUCUCGACCCAGGACCAGGCCGCCGCCGCCAUCGCCGCGACUGGCGUCCCCGUCUUCGCCUGGAAGGGCGAGACCGAGGAGGAGUACCUCUGGUGCAUUGACCAGACCCUCAAGGCCUUCCCCGACGGCCAGCCGCUCAACAUGAUCCUCGACGACGGAGGUGACCUUACCGCCCUUGUCCACGACAAGUACCCCGAGCUCCUCGCCGGUAUAAACGGUGUCUCUGAGGAGACCACCACCGGUGUCCACCACCUCUACAAGCUCCACAAGGAGGGCAAGCUCAAGAUCCCCGCGAUCAACGUCAACGACGCCGUCACCAAGUCCAAGUUCGACAACCUCUACGGCUGCCGCGAGUCGCUCGUCGACGGCAUCAAGCGCGCCACCGACGUCAUGCUUGCCGGCAAGGUCGCUGUCGUCGCCGGUUACGGAGACGUCGGCAAGGGCUGCGCCGAGUCGCUCCGCUCGUACGGUGCCCGCUGCAUCAUCACCGAGAUCGACCCGAUCAACGCCCUCCAGGCUGCCAUGGCCGGCUUCGAGGUCACCACCAUGGAGGAGGCCGCGCCUCAGGGCAACGUCUUUGUCACCACCACUGGCUGCCGUGACAUCAUCCGCGGCGAGCACUUCGAGGUCAUGCCCGAGGACGCCAUCGUUUGCAACAUUGAGAUCGACGUCGCCUGGCUCAAGGCCAACGCCGCUGAGCAUGUCAACGUCAAGCCUCAGGUUGAUCGCUACACCAUGAAGAACGGCCGCCACAUCCUCCUCCUCGCGGAGGGCCGUCUCGUCAACCUCGGAUGCGCCACUGGCCACCCGUCGUGGGUCAUGUCGUGCUCGUUCACCAACCAGGUCCUCGCCCAGAUCGCUCUCUGGACCGACAUCAAGUCGUACCCUCUCGGAGUUUAUGUGUUGCCCAAGGCAUUGGACGAGGAGGUCGCUCGCGCCCACCUCCAGUCCCUCAACGUCAAGCUCACCAAGAUGACCAAGGUUCAGGCCGACUACCUCGGCCUCCCCGUCGACGGCCCCUACAAGCCCGAGCACUACCGCUACUAA